AUGGCAUGUGAAAUAUGGCUUUUCCUUGAUUAUACACUUUACCUUGUAUCCAUACCGUUGCUAAUAACAGUUGACCGUUGCUUAUCCCUGUCAUACCUCAAGUGGCAGUCAUCAACAAAAGUGCAAAUAACAAUUAUCUGUUCUUGGCUUAUUCCUGCCCUUAUAUUUGGCUUUAUGAUUUACGAUUGGUCACUGGUUUCCAGUGCUAAGACCGAAGUUACCAAAGAUGAAUGUGCCGUUCCGUUUCUCACCAAUCCAUAUGUUAAUAUGGGUUUGUAUGUGGUUUGA